AUGUCGUCGCAUAAUGCUCCCAGUGACGCCGAUGGCGAACAGGCACACUCGCUUCCGCUACUAUUGCAAGGCAUGAUAAAAAGUUCACUGUGGCACCUGGCCUUCUUCCCCGUAUUGCAACCUGCCCCGCACACAGUGUCAAGGGUCACGGCACGUUCCUCGAUAUCAUCAAAAGUGGCGGAUGUCCGGGUGACUGCGAGUGCCCUUCACACCCUCGCGUUGUUGGAGGCGGUGGGUUACACGGAGGCUGGCCACGCAGCUCGGCAGUUGUGGCGAGCCCACGCCGUUGGAUCAACAUCCUCUCUGUCUCAGCAUUGGAUAUCUGAAGAGCAGCGGAGCUGGGUCGACAGGCUGAGCCUCACCAUUCUCCGUCAAGCAGAGGUUCUCUCUACCACACCUAGCAGUGGAGGAGGUAAGCUGGCCACUCUUCUUGCAGAGGUGCAGCAGCAAGGUAAGCAAGAAGUACAGACGACAGCAUGCGACGCCCUCUUCUCGGAACUUGCUCACGACUACCUUGAGCACGUCGCGGCCGCGGCCUCCGCAGCGAGCGGGAUACACUCAUCGAAGGUGGCCGCUUCAACCGAGUCGAAGCUCGGGGCUCCAGAGCGCCGCACAAGUUCCAUCUUUCACUACGAAGCUCUGCCUCCACAGACAGCGGCGGCGGUGACACUGGAGCGGUCGGCAGCAGCGGCGGCGCGGCAGCAACGGCAGUGGUACGAAGCACGCCUGUACGCCGCUGCUGCGUGUAGCACAGGCAUGUCGGCCCCUGGUCCGCUAGCGCGGCUCCUUGUUGCCUACGCCCAUCAAGGCGAUCACCGGCUACAGGCUGCGGUAGCCGCGAACAUGGAAUGCUAUAUCAGCGGAGAUCAUAGUGGCCAAAGCACGGAGGAGGGUGCCACCGUAGAGUCAGUCACGAGCAGGGUCACCGAGACUGCGGCUGCAGCCCUUGCUCGAGUGCGUCUGAGCGGUGUGGUGGCUGGGAUCCUGGAGUAUGCACUGUGCGUGGCUCGUGCGCGCACCGCCGGCGCGGUGGCCAAGCUCCGCGCCCUCACCUUCGCUUUGAACGCGUUACCAGAGCAGCUUCCGCCGUGCACGGCGACGACGUUGUGUGCCGCUACCCAUGUGCCUCAGUGCGCUGCCCUGCUACUCACCCUCAUAACGGAGGAGUGCAGCUACUAUCAGCAAACAGCUCCCACCGGCAGCGGCAGCGGAGAGGUGGGGGUCACCGCGGAGGUACUGCACGCCGUGCAGGAGCUCCUCUUCACAGUUGUUCUGGGGAACGGCACGCGGCAUAUGCCCAACAGGCCUGAGCCGCCACCCGCACCGAAGAGGUCAGGCGCAGAGGGAAGCGGUGCCACCAGCAUGACGCCAGUGGUGAUGACAGUGGCAACCACCCGUGCUGUGGCGCUGCCGGAGGCGGAUGCCAUCGCACAGGAGUUUUUCCCUGCCCUCGUCCAGCAGCUCGGUAUGGAGUGGUUGUGGUCUCCGCUACUGCGGCACUUGUCAAGCCUCGACAAGGUCAGCGUCUCCGCAGGGGCAGUCGGCGCGCGAGCAGACUCGACGCCCGCAUCGUUUCUGAGGGUGCGGUGGAGCAGCCAUAUGCUCAUGGACACCAUUCUUCUCUCUCUCGCCCGAAAGACGUAUCCGCAGCGCCUCCUCAACAUUCUUCCCGGUAGCUACGAGCGUCUCCUGAGCAACCUGGAUCUACUUCCUCCAAUGCGUCCGCACGAUGACGACGGUAGAGAUGCCGACCAUGAUGACGUGGCGCAUCGUGGGGGUAGUCCUUUGCUGUUUGACAUGCCCGCCUACUACGCUGAGGCGGCAUCUGCACUGGUUGCAUACUUUCAGCGCGCUGGGGUGUCUGGACUGCGAAUAGAGGAAACGGAGCGCAUCCUAACGACUGCCACGAGUAUACAUGCAAUGGUCGUGCGGCUGAGAGCACAGGCGCCUUCGAGGCAUGGCGCAGACGGACGCGAGGACGAUGCUGGUAAUCAAAGCAGCGAGGAGCUAGACGGCUACAGUAACAGCGGUGUUGCCUCUCCUCACCACCAGAAGAGAGCGAGGCCCACAUCGCACGCCUACGCGCUGACACGUGAGCGUGUCGAACAUCUUAUCUCGCGCUACCAGGGGGAAGUUCUCCUUGCUGCUGUCGUUGUACACACUCAGCUGCGUGUGCCGAGCCAAGUGCAGCAGCUGAUGCGCAUGCUUGCACCAUUGUUCUUGAAGAUACACUUAGCAUGGCGCACCUACCACGACGGCAGCAGUGCCAGCUGGCUCCUUCAGCUUCGCACGGAUCCCAGCGUGACGGGGGGAACAGCCAGUACCGUGCGCUUUAGCGCAGAAGCGGCGGUGCUGCUGGAUCAAGUUGGCUAUGAGUUUUAUCCUCUUGAGUGGCUGCCCGCUGCCUUGGCGGCAAGCACCGCGACAAGCAACCCAUCUGUCGAGCUUCUCGCCCUCCCCUACUCUCUGCUGGCCGCUGUAGGGCACCAGUUUCAGCUGCGACUGCGCGGCACCCCACAGGGGAGUAGCGGGGACGUCACCCUUCGCCACCCUGCUGGUUCUUCGACGUCAGCCGUGAUGCCGUCAGUGGUCAGAACGGCUCUCCUUGCCAGCGGCAAGGACGGGAACGACGAAGAGACCAAGGUGACUGCCGCGGCGUGGCGCCGUACCGAGCGCUUUGUGACGGGACUCAUGCAGCUCUGCUACCUCGACCCCAAAACAUCCUCGACAGAGCUGGAGGGAACGCUAGCGGUGUCGUCUACCAGACGCGUCUUGACAGCGAGCGGCGGAAGUUCUACGCUGAGCUCUAUUGGUGGCGGUAAUUUGGCCUCUGGGGUUCACAGCAGUGGCGUGAACGUGAUUGCAGCAGCCGAUGUUGCAUCACACCACCUACGCUCCCUGCUGCAGCAACCAGCGGUGAUGGACGCCAUGUGGGGCGGGAUGGAGAACACUGCUACAGCCAGGGCCAACGGGGUGUCGCUGCGUUACGGCGAGCGGUGUGAGAAGCGUCCGAGGUCGGUGUCCGCUUCAGCAGAAGCACGUGGGCACCUUCGCUCGAUGCAGCAGCUGCUGCAGGAGUACGGUGCUGCCUCGUUUGACACGACGGUGGAGGCCGCAGACUUUGCCCUCACAAUUGCACAGGCUUUCCUGCCUCUAUCCACCACCGCUUCUGCCUCGCCUUUCUCCGCAGCCAGCAAAGCGGGGCCGGUCGCCUCGGCACUGAAGAAAAGCGAGGCGUUUCUUCGUGCUGGACUGGAAUGGGGCGGUGCGGUGGUGGGACACGCUGCGACCAAGGCAAGAGUGCAAAUGCAGCUACAGCAACAGCAGAAGGAAGGCGCCUCAUCAUUCUCGGAGGCGCUUGCGCACGUGUACAACAGCGCCACGGUGGACACGGCGUGGCUCGCGCGGAGUGCACUGCGGUACGUCCCACAGCGAAUCUGGGAGAAAAUGUGUGCCCACCGAGCCGAGAGACUUCUCCUGAUUCACCGUCACGAGAAGUGGGUCUCACGUCUCCCCGGAAAUUCACCCACCGCUUUAGAAGCAAAACAAUGUGACCUUGUCGAGGCACACCGUGCUGACCCGCUGCUGAUGGAGCAGUGGACGCAGUGGGAACGAGUGUUGGAGCAGCUGGGGCUCUCUGACCGCCUUGAAGGCGGUGCAGUCUCAGCGGCAAGCACGAUAACCAGCCUAUCAUCUUGCUCAGCAGAGGACAUCACGUGUGCGCAGUGGUUGUGGUACUCGCCAUACUUCGCGGCAGAGAUGGCGCCCCAGUAG